UUUAUCAAAGAUGGAAGAUCAGUAUUGUAUGGAGGAAAAUCAUCCUCUGGCUCUUCUAAACGAAUUCAAUCGAUUUCGAGGCGACAGAACACUAUGUGAUCUUAUACUUCUUGUAGAGCAGAAAGAAAUUCAUUGCCAUAGGAUUGUUCUAGCUGCUUGUAGUCCAUAUUUCUAUGGCAUGUUUUCUACGUCUCAGAUGAAAGAGACUUUGGAAAGCAAGCCAGUCAUUUUAAACGACAUAACUUUUGAAAUAAUGGAGCAGGUCUUGUCCUUUAUAUACACGGGUCAGAUACUUAUUACGGUCACAAAUGUGAAAGAUAUUGUAGCGGCAGCGAACUACUUUUUGAUGGACAACUUAAAAGAGACUUGCUGUCAAUAUUUACAAAAAAACUUGAGUCCUUCCAAUUGCUUGGGGAUCGAAUCGAUUGCUGAGCAAUUUGGUUGUGAUAGUUUGACGAAAGCAGCUCAGCAAUACGUGCUUGAUAAUUUUGUCGAAGUGUCUCGUAGCAAGGAGUUCAUAUCGUUGACAAGCGAACGCCUUCUUGAACUGUUGGCGAAUGAUGAUACUAAUGUGUCCAAAGAGGAGGAAAUAUAUGAAGCACUUUUGAUUUGGGUUGAAGGUUCGGAGGAGGAGCGAGAUAUGCGUAAAAAGCAUUUAGAAAAUUUACUGUGUUGGGUUCGAUUCCCUUUGAUGUCACCAUAUUAUAUUGCUGACCAUGUUGAGAAGGAGAAGAUUGUUACGUCUACAGAGUGUUGCAGUUCCCUCUUGCUUGAGGCAAAAAACUAUCAUCUUCUACCUGAUCGACGUCACUUAUUAGACAACUAUCGGUCUAGAUUGAGGAAAUCAAUGGGUUUGGUGUAUGUCAUAGUUGGUGCUGGAGGGAUUGAGAAAGGACAUGUGAAAGACUCCACAUUUUGUUUUGUUCCUGGCAGCAAUACAUGGUUCUACCUCACACCAAUGGCAACUGCAAGAUGCCGUCAUGGUCUUGCUGUUAUGGGAGGUUUUGUAUAUGCAGUUGGUGGACAAUCCAAGGAAGGCUCUGCCCAAAGCUCAUUGAACAAUGUGGAACGUUAUGAUCCUAAAUUGAAUACUUGGGCAGCAGUUUCACCAAUGUUAAAAAAGAGGAGCCUCUUGAAUGUCGCUGUCUUGGAUGGUAUCAUGUAUGCUGUUGGCGGAUGCGACGAAAAUAACGUGCGUCAAAAGACAGUCGAAAAAUAUUGCCCUGGGACUGACACUUGGACAGCGAUUCGUCCAAUGAAGUCGACUCGCAGUAGCGCAUGUGUGGUUGGAUCUUCUUCUCUAUACGUCAUCGGUGGCGUCAAUUUUUAUGGAAUGUCCUUGGAUUCAGUGGAAAAGUACGAUCCAAGCACGGACACAUGGUUUAAUGUCGCGUCAUUAAUGACCAAGCGUGCCAGUGCCUGCGGAGCCUUUUGCAAUGGAAAGAUAUAUGUCAUCGGUGGCUGGGAUGGUGCCCGUCAUUUAAAUACCGGAGAAGUAUACAUCCCCAAAUUUGAUGAGUGGAAUGUGAUCCCUGACGCUAACACUGCACGAUGGGAUGCUGGGAUAGCAGUUGACAACAAUAAAGUCUAUAUCGUUGGUGGUUGCGACCGCAAUGCACUUUGCACAUCCGAAACGGAAUGUUUUGACUCGGAGAAAAACGAAUGGUCUGUAGUAGCGUCGAUACCCUUCGGGAUUCAUGGACUGAAAUGUUGUAGCAUACCUGUUGCCAACAAAUUCUUCCAAAAAUAAUAUUAUAGUAAUUAUCAUAGAUUUGCUCCGAAGUUCAGAUCAUGAGAAACUCGAGAAUAUAGAAUUGUUAUAGUGGAGUAAACAUAUAUUUCAUUCACAAGGAGGAUGAGUGGCGUAUUAAAUGCAUAAAAUUAAAGUUAAACACUCUCCGUAUGGUUGAAAGAUGGCCUUGUCUAUUAAAUAGAUAGACUCAUCUCCGUGCUAGCACUCACAUCUAAGCUUGUCAAUAACUCUUCAGUACACACAUAAAAUUGAAGCGUACCUAAUAUGCUAUCUAAAGAUGUGUUUAGAAUAUCUAUACGACAUGUACUUUUAGAGAUAUUUUUGUGAAAGUUCUUGAAACUGUUAAUUUUUUAAAUAAUGUGAAUGAGUUAAGUAGAUGAAAGUAUAAAGCCAUCAGUUGAUGAAAAAAAUUCUUUAUUAAACACUGCCUGUUAUUACACUAAUUAUAUUGUCCUGAAUUGAGUCAAAGAAAAGGGCAAGUUGAUAAUGAAUGUCAAUAAAAAAUAAAUUUUACCACUAAAA